UAACACUGCUUGAACACCGUUACCCAAUAUAACCUAUUUAUUUUUUCCACAUUUCUCUAAACGUGUGACUUCAGUGUUUAAUUUGCGUCGUGACUGUUCUGCUUUUGCAGAAGUUCUCAGUAGCUACGUUAGCCGGCUAGCAGUAGCAUCACAUUCCUGUCAUGUUUAUGAUUUGAGUUCACUGUACAAUAAGUUGUACAACUGUUUACAACCAAAACAUGAGCAGGUAAACACUUUGAAGAAGCUACGAACAGUUCAUAUAUAACACAAUUAAAACGAACCGAAUGAAAACAUGCUAGUGAAGGUGUAGGCAGAGGGAUGUGCUAUUUGAAGUGCUUAUGAAAAGUGCACAUUUUAAUGUCACAUGGGUUAGCUCUCUCACAUUGUCGGGUUUUCACAUGAGCACGAGGUAGAGGUGUAAUAACUACGGAAAGCGGUAAAGCCCAUUAUUCAGUUGGUUCUCAUGGGAGCUCAUGAAGAGGACUCUGUGCUGCUACCAACAUUAACAAAGACGGCAGUUCUUCAACAAGUAAAUCACUGCUGUCUGUACCAGGAACAUGGAGAAGAUGUCACGGGUUACCACAGCCCUCAGCAGCAGUACAGUCACAGGUCGGACUAUGUUCUGCCACCUGGACGCGCCUGCAAACGCCAUCAGCGUGUGCCGUGAUGCAACCCAGGUGGUGGUGGCUGGCCGAAACAUUUUCAAGAUCUACGCUCUAGAGGAGGAGCAGUUUGUUGAGAAGCUUAAUCUCCGAGUCGGCCGCAAGCCGUCUCUCAACUUCAGCUGUGCAGAUGUGAUGUGGCAUCAGAUGGAAGAGAACCUGCUGGCCACAGCUGCCACCAAUGGGGCAGUGGUCACCUGGAACCUGGGAAAACCCUCUCGUAACAAACAGGACCAGCUGUUUACUGAACACAAACGCACCGUCAACAAGGUGUGCUUCCACCCCACAGAGGUAUACAUGCUGCUCAGUGGCUCACAGGACGGCUUCAUGAAGUGCUUUGACCUGCGCAAGAAGGAGUCUGUCAGCACAUUCUCAGGUCAGUCAGAGAGUGUAAGGGACGUCCAGUUCAGCAUGAAGGAUUAUUUCACAUUUGCUGCUUCCUUUGAGAAUGGCAACGUCCAGCUGUGGGACAUCAGGCGGCCGGACCGCUACGAGCGAAUGUUCACCGCCCACACCGGUCCUGUGUUCUGCUGCGACUGGCACCCUGACGACAGGGGCUGGCUGGCCACUGGUGGACGGGACAAGAUGGUGAAAGUGUGGGACAUGACCACAAACCGAGCCAAAGAGGUUUAUUGUGUUCAGACGAUCGCCUCGGUGGCUCGGGUCAAGUGGCGGCCUGAGAGGAAGUUUCAUUUAGCGACCUGCUCCAUGAUGGUGGAUCACAACAUCUACGUGUGGGACGUCCGCAGACCUUUUAUUCCCUUUGCCACCUUUGAGGAACACAAAGAUGUGACCACUGGAAUCGUAUGGCGCCACCAGCACGACCCUCACUUCCUGCUGUCUGGCUCUAAAGACAGCACACUCUACCAACACAUGUUCAAGGACGCCACUCGUCCCGUGGACAAGGCCAACCCCGAGGGUCUGUGCUUUGGACUUUUUGGUGACUUGGCCUUUGCUGCCAAGGAGAGUCUGAUCAGCAGUGAUGCCAACAAGAAGCCGUACCCUGUAGGCGACCGCCGCUACCCCAUCUUUUUCUUCAAGAAACCGGACCCGACGGAACAGUUUGCCCACGUGUCCAGCGCACUCAGUGUCUUCGAGACGGACCUAGACAGUAACCGCAUGGACUGGUUUGUCAAGACAGCACAACUCUACCUCCUCAGCGGGAAGCCGUUUGCUGAGCUGUGUGAUCACAACGCCAAGGUGGCCCGGGAGCUCAAAAGACCUCAGGUUUCCACAACAUGGACCAUGCUGAGAAUCAUGUUCUCUGACCCUGCAAACCUCUCAACACCCGGUCCAAACCUCAGUAAACUUGGCACGUUGCCUUUAAUGAACAGUUUCAGUAUGAAGGAGAUGGUUUCAGGGAUCGGCACAGAGAGCAGACUGGAGCGCAGUAAAGGUGAGAGCAGACAGGACAACAUCCACCUGGAGCCCGGGAACGCUCACAUCAGCAAUAAUAAUGAAGAAAAUGAGGAGACAGAAGGCAGCGAGGGCCAGGCUGAGUACAUGUUCGGUGAUGCCGAGUUAGAUGACGAUGACCUUUACUCUAUGGAGCAAGAAAACCAAGCAGCAGAGGAGCAGGAGUACACGCUGCCCCAGGAGGCCUUCCAGCUGCGCCAUGAGAUCAUGGAUAACCCGUCCGCUCCGGAGCACCUCCAGCAGGACAAGGCCGACUCCCCGCAUGUCAGCGGCAACGAGGCAGAGGUCACAUGCCUGACACCCAUCGAGUCCUUCUCUCUCAUCUCCAUCUCCCAGCCGCUGUUCAGCCCACAUCUCCCGGCCAGCUUCUUCUGUCCCAUUGUGAGGGAGAUGCUGAGCUACUAUGCAGAGCAGGGAGACGUACAAAUGGCCGUGUCCGUGCUCAUUGUGUUGGGGGAUCGGAUCCGUAAAGAGAUCGACGAUCUCACACAGGAGCACUGGUACAUGUCUUACAUCGACCUGCUGCAACGAUUUGAGCUCUGGAAUGUGUCCAACGAGGUCAUCAAGCUGAGUACGUGCAGCGCCAUCACCGGCCUGAAUCAGACGUCUACAACGCUGCACAUCAACUGCAGCAACUGCAAGCGGCCAAUGAGCAACAAGGGCUGGAUCUGUGACAGGUGCCACCAGUGUGCCAGUGUGUGUGCGGUGUGCCACCAUGUGGUGAAGGGACUGUUUGUGUGGUGUCAGGGAUGCAGUCAUGGUGGACAUCUGGAGCACAUCAUGAACUGGCUCAAAAGCAGCGCACACUGCCCUGCUGGCUGCGGUCACCUGUGUGAGUACACCUGAACUCACUGUCCACACAGACGCUGCUCUGAGGGAGUGGGAAUCAAUCUGCACACCGUUUUUUUAAAACACACACAAACAGACAAACCAACAUGUCUGUGUACGUCCAUCCAGGCCUGGAGAUCUUUUUGUGUGUGUGUGUGUGUGUGUGUGUGUGUGUGUGUGUUUGAAAAGAGAUGAGCUAAAGGUCAGAUUUAUGGAGUCUAAUGGAGCAAACACACAUCAUGUGUGGUGUCAUUUUUGUAUCUGAUUAAGUAAAAAUGUAUAUAUGCAAAUGUUAUGAUCGAUAUUCCAAUGACAUCAUAUUUUUCGUAUUCCCACAUGUGCAUUUUGCAUAUUUUUUUAACUCCUCGGUUUAAUUCUGGAGGCUUGUCAAAGGUGGGCUGUGAAUGUUUGUACAUAAAACUUAUUUUGAAGGACUGUAGAUAAUGUAACGUUAAUUUAUAUGUGGAAAAGUCUCUCAAUGCAAUACAUCCUAAGAUGACCAGUGAAGUCUGUUUUCUCAGCUACAAUUAUUCAAAAAUAGCUUGCUUCAGUUUCUACACAGACAAAGUGAAACUCGCAUUAAGCUUUGCAUAUAUUCCUCCUGCUGCCCAGCACAUCAGGCUCUCAGCCCUCGUCUUAUCCCGGUGCUGCAGGGAGGAUAUAAAGCCUCGCUUGAGGGCACCUUUGUUAGACGAAGAACACUACUCGUUCAUUUCCCCAAACUGCACUUCACUCUCAUGGGCUCAGAAGCUGGAAACCUGCCAACAUCUCUAGCCUGAAGUACAGCAUCAGUGUGUGAAGUUACAGCUGGUGAGAUACACUACAGAGCAGCUUUAAUAACCCGUGACAUCACAGUACCUCGCAGUCUGACACCACCUGAUUGAAUGAUUUUAAAAUUUAGUUCUUUGUUUACUUUCAGACUUUCAUGACAAAUUGUGACUGACAGACUGAGAAUAUUUUAUCAGUAAAGUCUCAACUCGUAACUCUGAUUGUGUUUCUUUGGACACAUUUACAAUCAUCAAGUGUUUAUUUUUUAUUUUUUUAAAGCACGCAGGAAAACAUUUUAUGUCAGAGUGCAUCGUAGUUUAAAUAUCGUCCUGUCUAUGAGGAGGCCAGAGCACUGCUGUACGAGGUGGACAGAGUCUUUAAUGUUGCUGUAUCUGCAUCAGCUGCUGGAUAUGACAAAUGGCACCUACUUGUUACAAAAACUGUCAUCACAUCGUUUCACUGCAGAGGCAGUAAAACAGACAAAAACCACAGUAUCUGUCAGACUGCUUUUGACUGCUCCUAGAUCUCUUGAAUGUUUCACACAGCUGCCCAUUGACUCCACACUGCUCCUUGAUUUUCUUAUUUCCUUGUUUGGAUCUGUUUGUCCCCAUGUGUGCACAUUAAAAUUUAGCUUCUCCCUCGUCUCUGCUAAUAAACAUUCUCAACUGCUGUUUUUACAAUAAAUCACAGAUAUUUUUUAAGCCAUCAUAAAA